AUGCCUUCCACACAAUUCAACUUCAAAGAAAAGUACAGAUAUCAGAAUGGCUUCGCCUCCUACCAUGAGUCAGAAGCAGUAGAAGGCGCGCUACCGGUCGGUGCAAACUCACCACAGAAACCUCCACUAGGCCUCUAUACCGAGAAGCUCUCCGGGACGGCCUUCACAGCUCCACGAAACAAGAACCAGCAGUCAUGGCUCUACCGCAUACUGCCCUCGUGCGGCCACAGCAACUUCGAAGCACGCGAGUCGACUACCUUCAACACAAAUCCCGAGAACAAGCCAUGGGAGAAGAUUCAUUUCAUUCCCAACCAGCUGCGAUGGGACCCGUUCGAUCUUGAUGAGACAGUAGAUUGGGUGCACUCUCUGCAUCUUGUCGCUGGCGCUGGAGACCCCACCAUGAAGACUGGUGUUGGCUACUUCAUCUACGCAGCAGGCAAGGACAUGGCGGAGAACGAAGCGUUCUACUCUGCAGACGGCGACUUUCUUAUCGUUCCUCAGCACGGCGUCCUCGAUAUCCAAACCGAGCUUGGCCGCCUCGUUGUUCGCCCAAAUGAAAUCUGCGUGAUUCCUCGCGGCAUCAGAUACCGUAUCACACUGCCUGAUGGCCCUGUACGAGGCUAUAUCCUUGAGCUCUACGAAGGACACUUUGAGCUUCCCGAGCUCGGGCCCAUUGGCUCCAACUGUCUUGCCAACGCGCGCGACUUCCAAGUCCCCGUUGCCGACUUUGACGAAGACACAAACAGCGGUUGGACCAUCCUAGCCAAAUUCGCUGGCCACCUCUACGCAGCCAAGCAGACACAAACUCCCUUCGACGUCGUCGCCUGGCAUGGUCUCUACUACCCAUACAAGUAUGACCUCGGUCGCUAUAGCACCAUUGGCAGCGUGUCGUUCGACCACCCCGAUCCUUCCAUAUACACGGUGCUCACAUGCCAGAGCGCAUCCCCCGGGACGGCAAUCGCAGACUUUGUCAUCUUCCCCCCACGCUGGCUGGUCGCUGAAGACACCUUCCGCCCACCGUGGUACCACCGUAACACCAUGUCCGAGUUCAUGGGCCUCAUCCACGGACAAUAUGACGCCAAAACCGGCGGAGGCUUUCAGCCCGCCGGCGCCUCUCUGCACAACAUCAUGUCCGGCCACGGGCCCGAUGCUGCGACCCACGAGAAGGCGUCGAAUGCAGCACUGCAGCCGCACAAAGUAGGCGAGGGCAGCAUGGCGUUUAUGUUCGAGAGCUGUCUGAUGAUUGGCGUCACGGACUGGGGACUGAAGAAGUGUCGGAAGAUCCAGGAGGACUACAAUGCUGAGAGCUGGGAGCCGUUGAAGCCGCAUUUCAAGUUGAAGCCCGGACAGAAGAUUGAGAAUGGCGUCAAGGCUAUUGCGAAUGCGUCCGAGGGCGACAAGGCACAGGUGCCGCAUUACACCUAA